CGUCGGGCGGGCAAGAUGGCCAAGAGCACAAAAGAUUCCUACAUUUUGGGGAUGUUCCUAGUGGUUUUUCUGGUUUUACCCCCUGCGAUACGUUGCUCUGGUGACCUGAAUCGGCAUCGAUUGUUUGUCCAAGCCGAUCGCACCCUCUCCUCUAUCAGCAAUCAGCUCAUUGCCCAGGCCACGGAGCUGGUGGACAACGUGGUCGAGGAUCUGCUCGUUCUGGACUCACAGAAUACCAUUCUGAUGGGCUACCUGGACAGCUUCGAUGCCUUCACGGCGGUGAGUGGCAACCGAACGCAGGAGAAGCUCGAUACCUUCUACGGUGUGGUAGGGGACUACCUGGACUCGGACACCACCGGGGAUCCCCUGCGAUUAUCUACCAUCGAGACGCAGCUGAUUGCCCUUUGCCUGCAGCGCAACGGCUUCGAUCGCUGGAAGCGCACCGUCCAACAGCGAACCAAUCAGUUGCAGAAAUUCAUCAACAAGAAGUUGCGCAAACACCUCGACACCCUGGACAAUGAGGAUCGAGUGGCGGUGGAGCGACGCUGGAAGCGGACAAUUGCACGCGGCGGCACCCGCAGACUCGAGAAGCUGCGGGAAUUUGUCCAGUGGUUGGGAAAGUUCAGAGAUUAGUGUUUAACGUGACGUUGUAGGUUAUAGGGGGUACGGGGACUGUCAUAAAUUAUUUCGUACUGAUAAGGAAAUUUAUACGUUUAUUUUACAACAUUUAUGUGCUCUAUCAUGCCCAAACAUCUGCGACAGCGACGUGUGCAGAUAUUUCUAAUAAAGUUUUUGAUAAGUUUAUGCAAAAGAUAAA